UCUAUAAAACACAGGCGAGUACUGGCUGAGUUGCCCAUACAAGAUGAUCCUUCUAGUUGGUACCACUGAGUAGCACUUGAACAUGUUAUAGUUUAGAAGCUGAAGAUGUGAGCUUGAAUCCCGACUUCAUAGCUUUUUAACUCUGUGGCUUGGGCAGAUCAGUCAACUUCUCUGAACAUCAGCAUUUUUUAAAUUUAAAUAAAAGAGAUAAUAAUAACCCUUCCCCAUAGCUUCCUAGGGGUGAUGGGAGGCCCAAAUGAGGUCAAAGGUGUGAGGCACGAAGGAUCUCUUGGGUCAAAGAUGCAUCAUCCUAAGCACCCUUUCCUGGGCUCACUCAGGCUUGGCAGUCAGACGGAGCUGCGUGCAAUCGCCAGGGAGCUCCGCAGUGCCGGCUCCCCAGGCCCUGCUGGGGAAGCGGGCCGAGGUUCGAGCCACAGCCAAGGCCCGGCCUGCCGUCCUUCUGAUGUCCAGCGGCAGCCAGACCCCUCCUCUGAAGCCAUGGGCCCCUCCCGCCCUGCACUCCCGUCCACGACAAAGCUCGGGCUGUGGUGGCUUCUUCUGAUCCUGGCAGCAUCCGUACAGCAGGCCUCCCCCACCCAAGCCGAGGAUCGCCUCUUCCAACACCUCUUUAGGGGUUACAACCGCUGGGCGAGGCCGGUGCCCAACACCUCGGACGUGGUGAUCGUGCACUUCGGGCUGUCCAUCGCCCAGCUCAUCGAUGUGGAUGAGAAGAACCAAAUGAUGACCACCAACGUCUGGCUAAAGCAGGAGUGGAACGACUACAAGCUGCGCUGGAACCCGGCCGAUUUCGGCAACAUCACAUCCCUCCGGGUCCCUUCGGAAAUGAUCUGGAUCCCCGACAUCGUCCUCUACAACAAUGCAGAUGGGGAGUUCGUGGUGACCCACAUGACCAAGGCCCACCUCUUCUCCUCGGGCACCGUGCACUGGGUACCGCCCGCCAUCUACAAGAGCUCCUGCAGCAUCGACGUCACCUUCUUCCCCUUCGACCAGCAGAACUGCAAGAUGAAGUUCGGCUCCUGGUCGUAUGACAAGGCCAAGAUCGACCUGGUGCAGAUGGAGCAGACGGUAGACCUCAAGGACUACUGGGAGAGCGGCGAGUGGGCCGUCGUCAACGCCACGGGCACCUACAACACGCGCAAGUACGAGUGCUGCUGCUGCGCGGAGGUGUACCCGGACAUCACGUACAUCUUCGUCAUCCGGCGCCUGCCGCUCUUCUACACCGUCAACCUCAUCGCGCCCUGCCUGCUCAUCGCCUGCCUCGCGGUGCUCGUCUUCUACCUGCCCUCCGAGUGCGGCGAGAAGGUCACGCUCUGCGUCUCCGGGCUGCUCUCGCUCACCGUCUUCCUGCUGCUCAUCGCCGAGAUCAUUCCGUCCACCUCGCUGGUCAUUCCGCUCAUCGGCGAGUACCUGCUCUUCACCAUGACCUUCGUCACGCUCUCCGUCGCCGUCACCGUCUUCGUGCUCAACGUGCACCACCGCUCCGCCAGCACCCACAACAUGCCCCACUGGGUGCGGGCGGUCUUUCUGGGCCGCGUGUCCCGCUGGCUCCUGAUAAGCCGGCCCCUGCCCCCCUCGGAGCUCCGUGACCCCCCAGAUCUGAAGCUCCGCCCCUCCUACCACUGGCCGGAGACCGACGUGGAUGCGGAGGAGAGGGAGGAGGAGGAGGAAGGCAGAUGGGCGUGUGCGGGUCACUCGUCCCCCUUUGCAGGUGUCCCUGACAGCCAUGGAGGUCUGCAGCCAGGGGCCUCGGGUCCCAAGGCAGAGGCCCAGCUGCCGGAGGGUGGGCUCCUGCUGUCACCUCGCAUACAGAAGGCACUGGAGGGCGUGUGCUAUAUUGCCGAUCACCUGCGGGCCGAGGACGCUGACUCCUCAGUGAAGGAAGACUGGAGGUAUGUGGCCAUGGUCAUCGAUAGGAUAUUCCUCUGGUUGUUUAUCCUCGUUUGCUUCCUGGGGACCCUCGGACUCUUUCUCCCUCCGUUCCUAGCUGGAAUGAUCUGAUGCCACAUCGCCUGCUUUGGCCCAGAUGUGGCCCAGCUGACCGUCUUUAACGGCUGCCGCCUCUGGAGUAUGCCUUUGGGGUCAACACCAUCCAACUACAGGUGCCUUUCCAUGGCGUCCGGACAUGGAAGCCUCUUGGAAUGAUUCUCUUGACAUUAUUGUACUUUGUGCUGAGACUCUGCUGGGCACGGAACCCUGUUUGGAUGCUGAAGAGCUGGGCCAAAAGGAACUUGCUCUGCAGAAGGUUACGACGAGGUGAUGACAACGUGAAGACGUAUAAGAUGCUCCUGGGAUGCAGACUCUGAGGGGUGCGGGUGGGGGGAACCCAGGGGUUGGGGAAGGGCCAUGAGAGGAGGCUCAGACCUCAAAGGAGGGGUGUGUAGGGAGAGAGCGCCUCGGGGGCGUGGCAGGGCUAUGAACAGCAUUUACGAUUCCGGAACAGCCCGAAAAGGCAGGGGGGACAGCCAGGCUGAGGUGGGCUUGAGGCUGGGAACAGAGGGAGGAGGUUGGAAGGGGAAGAGGAGGAGGAGGGCCACAAGUGGGGCGGACGCAGGUAGCUGGGCCGUCCCACCCACCUGGAAGCUCUUGUGACAGCCCAGACUUCCCCCACCUUUAGCCCCUGGCCUUCCCCGUGCAGACCGGCUCAGCACCAGCCGGCCCUCCGACAGGUGUGGCCGCACUGAGAGUCCCCAUCUGCAGGGGCGCUAUCUGUCCUUCAAUGCACGUGGACAAACCAGGACACCUCCGGCCAUUCCUGACCCAACUCAGGCCCACGGUGCGCUCCCUCCCUCCCGCACAGGGUGAGUGGUGGUCGAGCCCCAGGCAUCCAGGACUUUUGCUCUGAGGAGCUGAGAGGAAUGAGCUGGAUGGCUUUGCGCCCCGAGACAUUCGUUGCAGGAACCCUUCCUUUCCCAGCCUGCCCGCCCUUCUUACCCGAAGCCCCGCGAUGUCUUCUGACCGGCUCUGCAGCCUGUCCUGCCCCUUGGAAUCCCGCAGUCCCUCGCCCUGAACCGAGAGGAGCUGCCGGCGGGAUCAGGCCUCACCCCAGCGCCGUCCAGCCCGAGGGCAGAACCUCAGCCCUAACAGAUGCGGCACUGGGUCCUCCGGACAGGGUGGGGACUCUGGACAAGCAGCCAAGCAGGGCAGGCAUCUAGUUCUCUUUGACCUUCGGAGUCCCCUCCUUCUAAGCCCCACUCGCUCUCCCUGACAGAUGCCGGGGGACCCUGCCACCGCGGGCCCAGUCCUCCUGCCUCAGUUCUCUGCUAGACCGC